CCGGAAGUGUAAAAAUUAGAAAAAUAUUAUGGACCAAAUAUUUGUUUUAAAAAGCGUAAAGCAGAGCUUGGAAAGAGUUCUUGUUGGAACCACAGAGCCAUCUGUUGGAUUUUUGUUAGGACAGGAGCACAGAGAUGGGAUACAAAUCGUUGGUUGUUGUCGCUGUACUAAACCUCUCAUUGAUGAGAUAGAAGAGGUUUCACUUUAUUAUCCUGGAGGCAUCAAAGUGUAUGGGAUAUUCUACAGCUCUGCUACCCCUCCUGGUGGAGAGAAUGUGAACAAGGCCUGUUCCAAGCUCCUACAUCAGGACCUAGUUGAUAAAAUUGACUCUGAGAGUAUUUUGUUGUGUCACUCAAAGAUGAACACUGAAAGAGUUUCUACUGACAGCUUUUAUUGGUAUAGCAUUGAAGAACGGACUCCUAAGUUAGCCGAAGUAGAAUGGAGGGAUGAACCCAAGGAAACAAUAACACUGCGACUACAGGCAAACAUCCCCCUUGCCUUUGAAUACAUGCUUUCAAAUAGAGCAUUUGAAGAUUUUGUCUCCCAGUUUCUUGAGCUCCAAGACAAAAUAAGAUCUGAUGUAACAGCGUUUCACAUUGAUGACACAAAUAUACUUCUUUAUGAUAAACCACCAAAGGAAUCAAGCAUAAUUGCCAUCACAGAUGACACUGCGUGUGAGAAACUGUAUGAUUACAUACAAACUGAAGAUGAUGAAAACACAUCAAAGAAACAUAGAAACAAAUCUGUGAUAAAGGUGUCACUACUAACUGCUGUUACUGGCUACCAAGCUGUUGGGCGUACCAUAGACUGCAGCCCCAUAAUACACCAUGAACAUAGUGAUUUUGAAAACAUCAGUUCAGACCUUCCCCUGGAUGUCUUGGUGUGUGUAGAUCCUAACAUGCCAGUGGGGAACCUUGCCAAACUCUUUGUUGGUAGUGUCUGUCACCAGCUAGUUGCUAUGGAGAAGUGUCUGUUUCACUUUCAUAAAGAGGACAAGGAGUUCUUGGUGCCCCAACCUCACCACUUUAAGCCAGCUGGACUGGACCACUUCAUAACAACUCUAUACCCACAGGGACUCUCCGAGAAAAGACUUGAACCAGUGAGGCGUACAUUGAACCAGAAGUUUUCUCUCUCCUUGGAUGUUCCAUUAUUCCGACGUAUGAAUGCAUACAAUUUUCCUGAAGAUAAUGACACUGCUGGCUAUUUGCAUAAUGUACAUGUAGGACUUCCCCCUUCUGGAGUUAAGGAAGGCACACAAUAUCUUGUCCAAGGAAGGUACAGCUAUCAUCAUUAUAUGCAAGACAGGUUUGAUGAUAACCACUGGGGUUGUGCAUAUAGGUCUCUACAAACUGUGGUCUCUUGGUUUAGACUUCAGGGGUACACCGAUCAGCCUGUUCCUACACAUAGGGCUAUACAACAGGCUCUAGUGGACAUUAAAGAUAAAGAGGCAUCAUUUGUUGGUAGUAGAAAGUGGAUUGGUUCAAUGGAGGUCAGCUAUGUGCUGGAUAGACUGUUAGAGGUUCAGUGCAAGAUCAUGUUUGUCCAAAGUGGGGCAGAUCUUGCAAAUAAAGGGAGAGAGUUGGCCAUGCAUUUCUCAAUACAAGGAACUCCCAUUAUGAUAGGUGGUGGAGUUUUGGCACAUACCAUAUUAGGAGUAGAUUUUAAUGACAUCACAGGAGAUCUGAAGUUCCUUAUACUGGACCCUCAUUACACAGGGGCAGAAGACCUUAAGAUUAUACAAGACAAGGGUUGGUGUGGAUGGAAGGACACUAGUUUCUGGGAUAAGAAUGCUUACUACAACCUCUGCUUGCCACAGAGGCCAAAGAUGAUAUAAGCCUGGCCUAAUCUUGUCAAGAAUGGCUCUACUUCUAUGAUUGGGUUGCC